AUGGAAAUCUCCACGUUGAGAGCGCACUGUGCUGAGUCAACCUGGCAGUUCUACAACCUGGUGCACCUGAAGUGCCUCAAGUCGGGCGACUGCUCCCAAGCCCUCGAUUUUUGGAAGGACUGCCGUGAGGCUGGUGUCUCUUCCUGCAAUGCCCUCCUGGCAACGUGCGAAGUGGCCAUGGAUUGGGAUGAAUGGGUUCGUGCCUGUGGCAAGCUUGGUCCCGCUGGCUGGGUGAGAGACAUCGUCCCACCAGCCCAAAAGGCUGUGCAAGCCCUGGGCUACGCGAGUUACAAGGGUCACGGGCCUGGAUGGCAGCGAGAUUGCCUUGGUCAGGUGGCCUUGACUCUUGACCUCCUUCACUGGCACGGCUUGGCAUCCAGGGCAGCGCCGAUGCGCCGCCACUUCGCCGAGAACGUUCUGGCUUUUGUGGUGCAGGCAAUCAUCGCCGAGACAGACAAGUCCGUCUUGCUCCGGGAGGCAACCGGACGAACCCAUACCAGGAUGGCCAAACCGAUGCUGAAGGGCACUCAGCUGCAGAAAGUCAUGCUGAGUGAAGAGUUUACCACGUCAGCUUUGCUGCAGCUGCAGCUUGCCCGAGAAGGGCAGCCGUGGAUGCCGCACGCGCAGUUGCGGGUGCGGCGAGAGCUUCCCACGGAGUCGGAGGGAGGUCCUUUCUUUCUGGACGAUCCCUCUCUACGCCUGCAAGCCCGCUGCAUCUCAUACAGGUCUGCAGCAGAUGGGGGCUUGAAUGGAGGCCACAGCCGUGGCUUCGUUGCCUUGGGUGCCGACGAUGGUUGCCGCACUUGGCUGCUCCCUUUCUCCCUGGAUAGUGCCUUGGCCUUGAGCCAAGAGAAGCAUUCGCAGCUGCUCUCCGAGGUUGUAGCCGCAGUUGGCCUGGACUCUGGCCAGGUGCGGGUCUACCUGUCCUAUGCUCCGUGCCUGGCGUGCCUGGCAACGCUCUACCAGCUCCGCAGCCACAAAGGCGUGCGGCUGCAGGUGGCUUUCGACACUUGGCGCCAGACACGGAUGUGGACCGCCGAGGCUGAGGGAGCCUCGUAG